CUGCGGAUGACGAGGCCGAGGACGAGGUCGGUGGCCCGGAUGGAGGCCGCGGCGGCGGCGGCGGAGGGGGAGGCGCGGAAUGCGAGGAAUCCCGACGGCGCCCAAGGUUCGAGGCAGCCGAACGAAGGUGAAGGUUCGAGGAGGAGGCCGGACGCCGCCGCUGAAGGUUCGGGGGAGCCCGUCCCCGACGCCGAAGCCGCGGCGCAGUUGGCGGUCGUGCCGUUCGAUGAGGAUAUCAACCAGUACCUCCGGGCUCUCGAGUCAUGGAUAUUGGAUUCUGUUCUGCUUUGGUUGAUGAUGGCUAGGGAAAUGGCAAAAUGUUUGGAUACUGUACCAUUCAGGUGCAGUGAAUUGUCCUUCCAGUUCCAGAGGGCUGAUCCAACGAGGAGGCCGAUGAUUAACUAUGAUCAGGUGAUACAACAAGGGCACAUCACAAUGCGUAUGAGGGAGAUGCUACUGGACUGGCUGGUGGAUGUGGCUUAUGAUCGCGAAAUUAGUGAUGAAGGACUUCACCUUGCAGUUUCAUAUGUUGACCGCUUCCUUUCGAUGAAUUCCAUAAACCGGAACCGUCUGCAGCUGCUUGGUGUCACUGCACUGUUUGUUGCUUCUAAGUAUGAAGAACGUAGCUAUCUCUCUGCAAGAAAGCUCAGUGACAUGACUAAUAGAACUUACACCGCGAAGGAGGUGGUGGUGAUGGAGGCUAACAUACUAAGAGAUCUGGACCAUAAGUUGGGGGGUCCCACUGCAAUAACCUUUGUACGGACAUUCUUAAGUAAAUGUAGAGGCAAGAAGCCAAGAGACAAAAGACUGGAGUUGAUGUGUAGCUAUCUUGCGGAACUGAGCUUGUUAGAUGCUUACUAUAUAAGGUUUCUGCCAUCGAUGGUUGCUGCUGCUUGCUUGUUCGUUGCCAAGUUCACAAUCAACCCAAAGACUCGUCCAUGGAAUUUGUCGGUUCAACGCAGCACAGGCUACAGGGUCUCCGAUAUAGAAGAUUGCAUUCGUGCCAUACAUGAUUUGCAGCGGCGCAAAAACAGAAAUUUUUUGCCGGAAGACGGAAAUGUAUCGAAUCUGACAGCAGUCAGAGACAAGUACGAGCGCGACGAGUUCGAGAGAGUGGCCACAAUUGCUCCACCAAAAACAAUCAGGGCGUCUUUCCUCAAGGAUCGCGAGUACGUGAACGGCUGAAGUGCUCUUGCAGCAUCUUUGCCACCUGCAGGCGGUGUGGAAUAUGCGCAUCUUCCGACACUCCUUUUGGUAAAUAUCCAGCAUCUCCGCUUCAGUCGCAUUGACAUUGGUAUUUUUUGUAUCAUGUGCGUCUGAAGCGUUUCUGUACAGAGGUUUCAGGUUUAGAAUACGACGGUAUAUGAAUGUAUGAUAGUCAAAAUGAUGUUUCAUAUGAAGGUUUUCACUUUCCAGGCAUAUCCUAAAGCUUUAACUUUUACUCAUCAUUUUUUUUGUUGAGAAUGUAUUGUGCAUAACGCAAGCACUGUAGAAUGAUGAUUGACGGGCUUAUUUACAAAAUUUAAAUGGAGGCAGCAAAUAUUGCAUAUGCCAUCA